GGCGAGGCCCCCCUCGCCCCGGCGCUCCCCCCCGCGGGGGGGCCCCCGCCCCGGGCCCUUCCGGCCCCGCGGGCUGCCCCCCCCACGGGCGCCGCGAUGGUGGGCGGCGAGCGCCGGGCUCAGCGGCCCCCGAGCCGCGCCACCGCCCGGCCGCAGGGGCGCCCUCGUCGGGGCGCGCAGCGGCACGCCCGGGAGCCUCGUCAAGGCGGCUGAAAGGAUACUUGGGCCGCAUGGGGCUGGAGCCCGUGGACAUCCCGCGGGUCCUCAUGUCUUGGGUCGCGGCCAAGUACGUCACCUGCGGCGCCUGUCUGGUGCUCGGCGCCAGGUACAGGCCGCUGCAGCGCUGCUUUGCCAGGAGAGAAGCGCGCUCGCGCCACCUGGCUCCUGGGCCCGACGGCAGCGGCAGCGCCUCGACGAGGCGCUCAAGCCCGACUUCGGGGACGUCCACGGCGAGGGGCGGCUGAGGACCGAGCGCGCUCAACGCCGCCCGCAGCCGCUACCGGGCCGCCGGGCAGAGCGCCCGGGAGACGGCGGACCGCUGGAAGGCCGCUGCGAGGCCAGGCUCCGGCCCCUGCCGGCAGAGCUGCCGGCAGAGCAGGCUGAAGGAGUCCGCCGCGCGAGGCGCCGGCGGCCACCUGAGGGCGGGCCAGAGGCAGCUGCUGCAGCACCAGCGCAGGGCCCUUCAGCGGCUGCAGGUGGAGCGAAAUCUGCUGCGGCAAUGGGGCUGGUACGUCUGGAGCUCGGAGAAGUACUGGUAUCUCUCCGACAAGCUCCGGACGUCCGCCGAGCAGAGCCCGCUCUGGUCGUUCCUGAGCCGAGCGCUGGGGCAGGGGAGCAACCCCAAGGGUCUCGCCAUGGGCGUGGCCGAGGGGCCCGACGGGUCUUCUACAAGCUGACUUUCCCGGUCCACGCGCCGCUCUCGUUAUACCUGAUCGCGAAGGGGUUCAUAUGGCGCAAUGCCAGUGCUGCAGGCGCUGGGUGCGACGCCGGAGCUCAUGGCCUCUGGGAGGCGCUGGCCGACGAGGACGCACUGGACUGGGUGGCCUCGCUGCGCCCCGCGCGAGAGUAGCCCCGCGGCCCGCGGCUGGCGCCCGCCUUGUCUGGCAGGCAGGAGGUUGUUUUUAUUGCCUCCAACCACUGGGGGGUUGAAGGGUGCCCCUGGCCCAAGGUGCCCCCGGCUUUUCGCGGCGCAGGCGCGGCCCCUCUGCGCCGCGGCCGCGCGUUCGCGGCGCGGGCGCCGCCCUCUGCGCGGGCGGGCCGGUGCGGCCCGGGCCCGGCCUGGCUCGGCUGAGGCCGCGCUCUGUGUGGCACUCCGAGGUCCCAGACCCCCGAAGUCAUGACUUUUUCAUGGCGUGGACUCCUCGUCUGAGACGCCCCCCCCCGGGCUUCUCAGAAGGCCCCCCCCCUCACGCGCCGCCCGCUUGCGCGCGACGCCGAGCAGCUGGGGCACGCGGGGGGGGGGACGGAGCAUGCCGCGUGCAGCCGACUUAGGCGCCCCACUGCCAGGGGGCACCUUCCUCGAUGCGCCGCCGUGCCGCUCGUGCGGACCCAGUGGCGCUCGGGAAGCUCAGCCGCGCGCAGCGCAUUCGCUGAAGGCCGUCUUAAGGUUCCUUUCCGACUCCACCCGGGCGCCUCAGGCCGUUCGGCCGCCGAGCUGGCAACCGAGCGGGCACGAGUCCGACAGGUGGGCGAGAAUCCAGCCCCGUGAGGCCGCUGAGUGUUUCGGCCUCGAGCCCGUUCUGCGGCCGACCGAGCGGGCUCGGAAGCCCGCUGGGCUCAGAAGGGGAUCCUGAAGGCACGCCUUGUUUGGCGGCAGCGAGCUCACCGAAGGCAAACAUGUUAGAAGGCAGCAGUCCCUUCCCUCAAAAGCUUCGGUGAUCUUGCUGUCCCACCUAGUCGUCCCCCCAGGUCGCGCGGGGCCCCGCUUGCAGUGGCCAACCCCAGCGCCCGCGCGCGAAGCUGCGCGGGCGCGGGGUCCGGCGCCCGGGACCGGAAUUGGACAGCGCGACGGUGGAGGGGCGGCUCGGUGCGCACCUGCUGAUUCGGCCAUGCUCCUCCUUG